AUGUCGAAGUUGAGCCAUCUCUCCAAAAUUGGAACUAUAGCGGAUGCGCUAAAGUAUAUUAAGUCGAAUCAGACUUUGUUAUGUGGAGGCUUUGGACUUAGCGGAAUUCCAGAGACUUAUUUCGCUGCAAUCGCCAAACAGCCGGGAAUCAAGAACCUAACGAUUGUAUCGAACAAUGGCGGGCUCAACCACAUUGGCUCUGAUAAAUUGAUAGAGGCAGGCCAGGUAUCCAGGAUGAUCAUGUCCUAUAUGGGACGUUCGAAGCCGCUCAUGAACAGUUACCUCUCCGGCAAGAUCGAGAUUGAGCUUACCCCGCAAGGAACAAUCAGCGAGCGAUGUCGGGCAGCUGCAUCGGGCAUUCCUGCAUUCUAUACGAAAACAGGAGCAGAUACCUGGAUUGAGCAGGGCAAGAUGCCCGUCAAGUACAACGACAAAGGAGAGGUGAUAAAGUACAGCCAGGCAAAGGAGACCCGGGUGUUCAAUGGCAAAAAGUAUCUUUUGGAAGAAGCCCUACCUGGAGACGUUGCCCUCGUAAAGUGCUGGAAAGCCGAUGCGUUGGGAAACCUCGUGUUCAGGGGCACAACUUUGAACUUCAAUCAGGUGUUUGCCCAAGCCGCUGCUGUCACCCUGGUCGAGGCCGAUGAGAUUGUUCCUGUUGGAUCAAUCGAGCCCAACGAAGUGCAUGUUCCGGGCAUCCAUGUCACCAAGGUCAUUCAAUCAACUGAACCGAAGCAUAUUGAAAGUUUGCAGCUUGCUCGUGACCAUACCAAGUCUGAUAACGACAGUGAUCCUCGAGUGGUAAUUGCCCGCCGAGUAGCCAAGGAAUUCGAAAAUGGAUCUUACGCCAACCUUGGUAUCGGUCUGCCAACUCUUGCGCCAAACUAUAUCGACCCCAACGUCUCGGUGGUUUUCCAAUCUGAGAAUGGCAUCCUCGGGGUUGGACCUUACCCUACCGAGUCUCAAGUUGAUCCGGAUAUCGUUAAUGCGGGCAAAGAGACGGUCACGCUUCUCCCUGGUGCAUCUGUGUUUGGGUCUCAAGAUUCCUUCGCCAUGAUUCGAGCAGGCAAAAUCAAUUGCACGGUUCUCGGCGCUAUGGAGGUAUCCCAGUACGGUGAUCUGGCCAACUGGGGUGUCCCUGGCAAUAUCAAAGGCAUGGGCGGUGCAAUGGAUCUUGUUUCGAACCCAGAAGAGACCAAGGUUGUGGUCUGUACUACUCACACCACUAAAGAUGGCAAGCCAAAGAUUGUCAAGCAGUGUUCAAACCCUCUGACCGGAUCACGAGUUGCUCGGGUCAUCAUUACUGAGCUCGCCGUGUUCAAGGUCGACAACGAAGGUCUUAUUUUGACCGAAUUGCAGCCGGGUGCAACUCUCGAAGAAGUGAAGAGCAAAACAGACGCUCCUUUCCGAGAACAACUCAGCUCUAGCCCUAAACUUUAA